GCCAUUUUCAAAUCCCCGGAUGACGGCGGUGGCGGCUGCAGUCCGCUGACAGGCGCUUUCUGCCUGGCAGAGGCUGGCGGGCAUCGUGCCCGUCCCUGCCGGUCUCCCGGGCACCCGGCCACCGCCCCACCCCCUCCUCCGUGCCAUGGAGCCCGAGCUGGCCGCUCAGAAGCAGCCUCGGCCGCGGAGGCGAAGCCGCCGUGCCUGUGGGCUCAGCACGGAGGGAGCGACGGGGCCUUCGGCCAACACCUCCGGGCCGGAGCCGGACGGGAGAUGUUCCCUUCGAAGAGGCAGCUCCUUCACAUUCUUAACACCUGGCCCCAACUGGGACUUCACUUUGAAAAGAAAACGCAGAGAGAAGGAUGAUGAUGUUGUAAGCCUUAGCAGCCUUGAUCUGAAGGAACCCAGCAAUAAAAGAGUUCGACCUCUGGCUCGUGUCACGUCCUUGGCAAAUUUAAUCUCUCCUGUAAGAAAUGGAGCUGUCAGACGUUUUGGUCAAACAAUACAGUCAUUUACCCUUCGUGGUGACCACAGAUCCCCAGCCUCUGCCCAGAAGUUUUCUAGCAGGUCAACAGUCCCGACACCCGCCAAGAGAAGGAGCAGUGCACUGUGGUCAGAGAUGCUGGACAUCACCAUGAAGGAGUCUCUCACCACCAGGGAGAUCAGACGGCAGGAGGCAAUAUAUGAAAUGUCCCGAGGUGAACAGGAUUUAAUUGAGGAUCUCAAACUUGCAAGAAAGGCCUACCAUGACCCCAUGUUAAAGUUGUCCAUCAUGUCAGAAGAGGAACUCACACAUAUAUUUGGUGAUCUGGACUCUUACAUACCUCUGCAUGAAGAUUUGUUGACAAGAAUAGGAGAAGCAACCAAGCCCGACGGAACAGUGGAGCAGAUUGGUCACAUUCUCGUGAGCUGGUUACCGCGCUUGAAUGCCUACAGAGGCUACUGUAGUAACCAGCUGGCAGCCAAAGCUCUUCUUGAUCAAAAGAAACAGGAUCCAAGAGUCCAAGACUUCCUCCAGCGAUGUCUCGAGUCUCCCUUCAGUCGAAAACUAGAUCUUUGGAGUUUCCUAGAUAUCCCUCGAAGUCGCCUAGUCAAAUACCCUUUACUGUUAAAAGAAAUUCUUAAACACACUCCAAAAGAGCACCCUGAUGUUCAGCUUCUGGAGGAUGCUAUAUUGAUAAUACAGGGAGUCCUCUCUGAUAUCAACUUGAAGAAAGGUGAAUCCGAGUGCCAGUAUUACAUCAACAAGCUGGAGUACCUGGAUGAAAAGCAGAGGGACCCCAGAAUCGAAGCUAGCAAAGUGCUGCUGUGCCAUGGGGAGCUGCGGAGCAAGAGUGGACAUAAACUUUACAUUUUCCUGUUUCAAGACAUCUUGGUUCUGACUCGGCCCGUCACACGGAACGAACGGCACUCUUACCAGGUUUACCGGCAGCCAAUCCCAGUCCAGGAGCUGGUCCUAGAAGACCUGCAGGAUGGAGAUGUGAGAAUGGGAGGCUCCUUUCGAGGAGCUUUCAGCAACUCAGAGAAAGCUAAAAAUAUCUUUAGAAUUGGCUUCCAUGACCCCUCCCCGGGCCAGUCUCACACUCUGCAAGCCAAUGACGUGUUCCAUAAGCAGCAGUGGUUCAACUGUAUUCGAGCGGCCAUUGCGCCCUUCCAGUCGGCAGGCAGUCCGCCUGAGCUGCAGGGCCUGCCAGAGCUACACGAAGAGUGUGAGGGGAACCACCCCUCUGCGAGGAAACUCACAGCCCAGAGGAGGGCAUCCACAGUUUCCAGUGUUACUCAGGUAGAAGUCGAUGAAAACGCUUACAAAUGUGGCUCUGGCAUGCAGAUGGCAGAGGACAGCAAGAGCUUAAAGACAAACCAGACACAGCCUGGCAUCCGAAGAGCAAGGGACAAAGCCCGGUCUGGUGGCAAACGGAAAGAGACUUUGGUGUAGAGAAGGCUCUGUGUGUUAACUGGUGGAGAGACUGUUUAUAAAUGUGUACAGUUUUGUUUUCUCGUAAGAGGAGCAUCAUAGGGUUACUUUAUACCAGUUGUAACAUUUUCAUUGUUUUUGGUUGUUCUUUUUUCUUUUUUUAAUGGCAGCUAAAGAUAUACAGAUUACUGUUAAAUUGCAGUCCUUUUUUUUUUUUUAAGAUAUUUUCUUGAAUUAUUUAGAACAUGGUAAGCCUGGUAUUUUUUAAUCAAAAUAUUUAUGAAAUGGGUUUUCUCUUAAUUCUGGAUUCAUCAUGGCUUUCUAAUACCAAUUGUAAUAUUUACAAUAUUCACCAAAACUUAGAAUUUUGCAAAUACUGGAAUUCUACCAGUGUUUCUUUGAUAAGCCUUGCAUGCAAAAUUUGAAAUUUUAACAUUGGCACCCAAAACCUACAUGGAAUGUAUGUCUGGAGUAUUUCAAACUUUACCUUGAAACAUGAUUUCCUUGGAAAACAAACCAUAAGCCUGAGGAGGUUUUUAUCAACUGGAAUGCUUUAUAUUAGUUUGUUUUUCACUGUACAUUCCUCAUUUUACAUUCAUUUAACCUGCCGAUUAUUUAAUUUUUUUAUUGUAAAGUAGUUUUUAGCAUUUGCUUUUAUUUUUUUACUUUGAUGCCUUUUCAAAUUGGCAUGUCUUUAUUUUUCUUCCUGAUUAAAAAUGUGUGUGUA